AUGACAUCAUCAAUCUCAAGUAAAUGGCUUGUUCCGGACAAAUUACCAAAUGGACUGAAGUUUCAAUGCUCUACAAGUCUUGGUAACCUCGUCUCAACAAAUUGUGCUGCUCUGUUCUUUCGUCAACUUGUGAAAUGUGUCGAAGAAGAACAUAAUUUGAUCAAUUAUCAUUUCAAAAUCCAACAUCAUCGAAAGAAAACUGAUCACAUGGAAGUGUUUGUCUUUGCUGGUGAUGAUCAAACAAAACAAGAAGCAAAAUCAGCUGCUGUUUGUAGUUCGUGUGACGUAGAACAUGAACUAAGUCAAACAACAUUGUUAUCAGAACAGAAGUAUACUUAUUCAUGGUUGGAUUCUCGUAAUCGACCGAAACUUAUUUUAACUCCAAAACGACAUAUCGAACGGUUAUGUGAAUUGAAUGAUGAAAAUGGUGAAAUAGAAGCAUUUUGGCGAGAUGCAGUUGAAGUCAUUGAUCGAGAAUGUGGUAAUGUUAAUGAACUCAAUUAUCCCUUAUUGGCCAUCAAUCAUGGAACAUUUCGAAAACAUGCACAUUUACAUUUGAAAAUCGAUGUGACGAAAGAUAUUUGGGAAAACGUGAUUAUACCUCGACAUCGAGAUAAAAUUAAUCGUUUGAAACAAUUAUUAAAACAAGUCGAGUUGGUGAAAGAUUGUUUUACUAAAGAACAUUUGGAAAGAGAAAUACAAAAAGGUGUUAUUGGAAAUUAG